UAAUUUAAAAGCUAACGAGAGCAAACAGCCAUCAACCGUUCGCUCAACAACAACGCACACAAAGUAUCACAGUUAGUACAUAAAACGGCUUGGGGUGUGCGUUCCAUGUGUUUUAAGUUUAUCAUAUAUAUUCAAUUAGAAUCCAAACCAGUUAUUUCCAUGCAUCGGUGAUAGUAAUAUUUAUUUGUCCUAAUUUCGGGCGAAAUAGUAAAAAAAAAUCAAAUAUCUAAUCUAACCCACGACGACUCGUUAUCAAAAAAGUUAGUCAAAAUGGUGUCCACUCGGCAAUCGAGCAACAUGGGAAGUAAUUCUGCAAGAGUUACUGAACCUGCUGAAGCAGGUUCAUUACGUAGACAUCAUGCUCAUGCACAAACAUCUAAUGUUCAAUCAAAUCCAGAACCUGCUACUACUCGGCAAGUUAAUCUACUCGAUUUGCCACCUGAAAUUUUGGAAAAAGUAACCAGUUACUUGAAUUAUAAUACAGUAGCUCAUCUUCGUUCGGUAUGCCAUCAAAUGAACUCAAUGUGUGGAGCAAUUCUAAACUCAACGUUUCAGAAGCUUCAAACACAAAUGUUUAAUCGUUUUCAAGCUAUUAAAGCUCAAAUGCCUAGACGUGAGUCUGCAAGACGUAAUCAUCCUUUAGCUUGUGAAUCAGACAUCAUCGAAACUCUUCAUAUGCGUUUGACUCUAUUACAAAUGAGUUUUGGUAAACACAUAGAACGAAAACACUGUUGCUUUUUUCCCGGAGAGAUUUUAGAUGAAGUUUAUCGUAUUCUUCAUUACAUAAAAGUAACUCCGAAGCUAGCAAAACCCUAUAAAGUCACUGAUGAACUAUUCGAUCUUAGUACCAUGGCAAUGGAAUACUUUAAAGAACGUAUUGAACCAACUCUUCCUGAAAUAGCAUAUUUUGGAGCUGAUUUUCUCGAUUUCGCUGGCACUUUUGCAAGUCCCAAUACAGUAAGUAAACAAUUUAUUUGUUUGGAUCCAACACCACUGAGUGGUGAUACAAGCAAAAGUAGUAGUAGUAGUAUAGAAGGCUCUUCUCGACUUUCAUCUGAUGAACAAGCAGAGCUGCUUGAAAAUAGCGUACCUCCUCAAUCCAACAUGGUACUGCGAAAACGCAUUCGCAAGAUCAAACAAGGAAUGAAAAGGUACAACAGCCAACUUACUUUGAUGCGAAGGGAUCUACGAAAUUGUAAAGCUAAAAUUGCCGAGCAACAAAAGCAGAUUGUUGAAUAUGCUACUCGGCUUGAUGAUAAUGAUAAAAAGAAUGAAGAAACUUCGAGAAAAUUCAGCACUCUCCUACAGGUAUUUACUAAGGAGUUAAAUAAGUGUAAGACGGAACUGCAAUACUGGCGAUCAAAAUCGCCAGCGAUACCAGUGUGCAACGGAUGUGGCCAAUCAAUUCCUAUGCCAACAGAAGAUUUUCAAGCUUUAGCAAAUCAAGGAGUUCUUCCAGAAUCCUUUGGUGAGCCACUUAAUUUUAUUCCUAUCCCAGAUUUAGAUAGUCCUACAGAAUCAACGUCGCAAUCAUCUCAGUCUCAAUUACAACUACAAUCAGUGCCUGUGUUAUCAGAAAUGGCACCACCUAAGGCACCUCUUUCUUCUGUUAUAUUAAAUAAACGAAAAUCUACUGAAGGUACACCUAGUUUAGACGUAACCAAAAAAUCCCGACGUACUGCCAAGUCCCGCCAAGCUAAACGCUCAAAGAUUUAAGCAACGCUGAUCAUGGUACAAAAAAUUAAACACAAAAUAUCUGUUUGAUAUAUAUCUAUAUCUUUUUUUUUUGUUUUAUAUUUUAUUCUUGAAUUCUUCUUUGAGAAGAUCAAUAAUUACCACUUUUAACACAAGUGAAUCAAAGACAAUUCAUAAACAAAAGUACAAAACUUUUUCCCUAAUGUAUCCAAAGUCUACAGGGAAGUUCAAAAGUUCUCUUUAUUGUUCCGUAUAUUUUUCAUAACUGAAAACAUAAUAAUUCUAAAUGAUAAGUCUUUAUUUAUUCACUUGUUGUUAACAAAAGUGGAAAUUUUAGUAUAAUUAUAACGCGUGGAAUCCGUGUGUUUUUAAGUAAAGUUUAUUUGUUAGAUAUUGAUUCUUGUAUUUAUAGAAUAUUUCUCACAGAAAAUAACCUCGGCGUUUUGUUUCCAAUUAAUUAUUUUUUUUAAAUCAUUGGUCAAAAGAUAAACAAAUAAUUGGAAAAAUCACUCAGGACAAUACCGGAGCAGAGACUUGCCGUAAUAGAUCAAUUAUAAAACAAAGAAUUGUAUAUUAAUUAUUACAGAUGAUAUUUAUUAAUAAUCUGUGAUAAUUUCUAUUACAAAUCUAUCUCCCCUUUUGUCGAAUAUCAAUUCUCGUAUCAGUGGGAACUCAGAUAAUUAUUUGGCAACAUUUAUCGUAUGGAGUUUAGUACCUGAUACAAAUAAUUCAAAAAAUAAAAUAAAUAAUGACCAAAAUUGGAAUUAAGGAAACAAAUAUUUCUACAGGUAUUCCAAAUUAGUCUACCAUGUAGAGUCAUAUCAAUUUAUAUUUUUUAUUUUUUACUUUUUUAAAAUAUAAAUUACCAGUUGUUUUAUUUCUUUUUAAAGAUUUUUCAUUGAAAAUUUAAUUACAUAACAAAAUACCCCAAUGGGCGGCUGGAAAAUUACCGUCAAUUUUAAUACUUUAUUUAUUAUUUGUCUCACUGAUUCGAAAGAAUGAAUUAUAAUCAAUUUAUAUCGACCACUCCUUGAUGUUAGACAGAUUGCCAUUAACUGCAAUACGACAGCAAGAAAAGAGUGCGAUUUAUUAAUAGAAAUAUCGUGAGUUAUUCAUGAUUAUUAUUCAUAAUCAUAUACUUACGAAUUAAAAUAUUAAAAUAACAAAUAUACAUAAUACUAGUAAUUGAAUAUAAUACUUUAUUAUAAAAAUAUUCAAUAAUGAAAAAAAAAAAAAAUUAUAUAUAUUUGGAAAAAGUGUAAACCGUGAUUGCGCUUUGAAGCAUUCUAGUUUGAAUUUUGAACAAUAAAAAGUAUAUGUAAAUUAUAAAAAAUUACAAUAAUUAUCAUAAUUACUAAUACUAAUAAAUAAUAAUAUUAAUGAUAAUAACAAUGCGAAUAUAACAGCAAUUAAUCACUAUCGAUCAUAGAUUUAUUUUAUAGAAAUUACUGACAUAAAUAUUGAUGUAUUCAUCAUUCGAUUCAUAAAUAUUUAUGUGUAUAAUUUCAUCUCUAUUUUCAAACAGAAAUCAUAUGAUACAUUUAAACAAACGUAAAAAUUAAUAAAAGUUUGAGUGAAAAAAAUUUAAUCAAUACAGCUAGCUUUUUUGUAUGAAUGUGAAUAUUAUAAAUAAAAAAUAAUGAUCAAUAAUAAAAAUAAUUAAAAAGAAAAGAUAUAUUAUAUAUUAUUAUAUAUUAAAUACUAUAUAUAAUUUUGAUUAAUACGACGAAAUUUCAUUCGAUGUGAUGAUUUAUCGAAAGAAAAUAACAAAUCGUGAAAAGUGACCUUUAUUGAAAUAAUUAUCCAUAGAUUCUGGCUUUACAGUCAGAUUAAUGGAUUGAAAAAUACAUUAAUUUUGGCAUAAAGUUAUGUAACUUGAAAAAGGGGGCGGUCUUUAUUUACAUUGUCGGAAGCUUUGAGUCGUACAUAAGUUGUAAAAAAAAUAUUUGAUUUAUUUUAUCAAAA